AUGGAAUCAUCCGCGUCCGGUUCAGGAGAAUCGCAAUCUCAAAAAAGAAGUGUUAUUUGGAUGCAUUUCACCAAUAUAUCGGAAGCUAAUGCAAAGUCUAAUCUUUGUAAAAAUAUUUAUUCGCAUAAAAAUGGAAACAUUAGCAAUUUAAGGAAGCAUUUGAAAACUAAACAUCCGACUCUUUCAUUGGAAGGAGAAAGGGCAAAACGGCGGGUGGAAGACGAAAAUAUGCCUAGGUGCAAAAGGAACUUAGUUUCAGCAUCUGUACCCAAUACCUGGAUUUCUGAUAUACUACCAAAGUCUUGUAGAGCAUUCCAGAUAGCAAUAGCGAGAUGA